CUCGCUGCUUCUUCACAAGUUCGCCCGCGUUUACUGCCUGGGAGGAGGAGUCGGGUGCGGCGCCCUUGCUGUGUGUCAUGCCUUGGGUGUGGUUACACCAGAGACUUCACUGUUCCGUUAGCAGGAGAAUCAUCACAUUGUUACAGCGGCUCCCGGUGAUACCGCCAUCACCCUCCCCGUGUUAUCCAGCCUCAGCUGUAUGGAGAGAAGCUGAUAUCUACAAGGGACCAGUGCAAAGAAACUUCAGCCCGCCACAAUGCCAAAAACUAUCAGUGUACGUGUGACCACAAUGGAUGCAGAGCUGGAGUUUGCCAUCCAGCCAAACACCACCGGAAAACAACUCUUUGAUCAGGUUGUGAAAACAAUUGGACUUCGAGAAGUCUGGUUCUUUGGACUACAGUACCAAGAUACAAAGGGUUUCUCAACAUGGCUAAAACUCAACAAAAAGGUCACUGCUCAGGAUGUACGGAAAGAUUCUCCAUUACUUUUUAAAUUUCGUGCCAAAUUCUAUCCGGAGGAUGUUUCUGAGGAACUAAUCCAAGAUAUCACCCAGCGACUCUUCUUUCUCCAAGUGAAGGAAGGCAUUCUGAAUGAUGACAUUUACUGUCCUCCAGAAACUGCAGUUCUCCUGGCUUCAUAUGCCGUGCAGGCCAAAUAUGGAGACUUUAACAAAGACGUGCAAAAAACAGGCUAUUUGUCACAAGACAAGCUGCUUCCUCAGAGAGUUCUGGAACAGCACAAACUUACUAAAGAGCAGUGGGAGGACAGAAUCCAUGUCUGGCAUGAAGAACACAGGGGCAUGCUAAGGGAGGAUGCCAUUCUAGAGUACCUGAAGAUUGCUCAAGAUCUGGAGAUGUAUGGCGUUAACUACUUCAGCAUUAAGAAUAAGAAGGGCUCUGAACUUUGGCUAGGAGUGGAUGCCUUGGGACUGAAUAUUUAUGAACAAAAUGACAGAUUGACACCCAAGAUUGGGUUUCCAUGGAGUGAGAUCAGGAACAUCUCAUUCAAUGACAAGAAAUUUGUUAUCAAACCUAUUGACAAGAAAGCUCCAGACUUUGUAUUCUAUGCACCCAGAUUACGAAUCAACAAGCGAAUUUUGGCACUCUGCAUGGGCAACCAUGAAUUGUACAUGCGUCGUAGGAAGCCAGACACCAUUGAAGUCCAGCAGAUGAAAGCUCAAGCAAGAGAAGAGAAGCAUCAGAAGCAGAUGGAGAGAGCCCUCCUGGAGAAUGAGAAGAAGAAGAGAGAGCUGGCUGAGAAAGAGAAAGAAAAGAUUGAGCAUGAGAAGGAAGAAUUGAUGGAACGGCUAAGACAGAUAGAGGAGCAGACUAGAAAAGCCCAAGAAGAACUGGAGGAGCAGACAAGAAAAGCCUUGGAAUUGGAGGAGGAGCGUAGAAAUUCUCAGGAAGAGGCUGAAAAACUUGCUAAAGACCGCCAGGCUGCUGAGGAAGCCAAAGAAGCCCUAUUGAAACAAUCACAGGACCAAAUGAAAAAUCAGGAGCAGCUGUCUGCAGAGCUUGCUGAUCUGACCAGUAAAAUCAGCCAAUUGGAACUUGCCCGUCAGAAGAAGGAAAGUGAAGCAGAAGAAUGGCAGCAAAAGGCCCAGGCAGUGCAAGUCGAUUUAGAGAAGACGAAGGAUGAACUGAAGUAUGUGAUGACCACUCCUCAUGUGCAGGAGCCAAUACACGCAGAGAAUGAACAUGACGAUGAGCAAGAUGAGAAUGGUGCAGAGGCCAGUGCCGAUCUGAAAGCAGAGGCUACAUUGAAGGACCGGAGUGAAGAAGACCGAACCACAGAGGCAGAGAAGAAUGAAAGGGUCCAAAAACACCUUCAGUUGUUAAGCUCAGAGCUGGAAAUGGCCAGAGAUGAAACGAAGAAGACUGCAAAUGACCUUCUGCAUGCUCAAAAUGUGCUUGCUGGAAGAGACAAGUACAAGACACUUCGCCAGAUCCGCCAAGGCAAUACCAAGCAACGUAUAGAUGAAUUUGAAUCUAUGUAACACCCCUAUAAUACUCUUGUCUAUUUGACUCAUUGGUCUCCUUCCUUUCAAUGGCUCAGCUGGAACUGUUUGACCACUUUGAGUCAGGGUUUGAUGCAGUACAAUCAUAGGCCUGUAGUAUUUCACAUCUUCCUCUUAUACAGGAAGAGUGUCUUCAUAAACUUGGUCGUUCCAAGGUUAUUAAGCAGCCGGCCACAGAAAGCUCUUUCUAUUUCUCCUGUAUUUUUGAAAUAUAUUACCCCAAGUAUCUCCUCCUAACAAGCUUCUGCCAUAGUUAACAAUGGAGCUUUGUGUUCCUGUUAUGUUUUCAGUUUAUCAAGACCAAACUUUAAACAUGCUGUUGUCAUUGCCCUGGUAUUAGGUGCAUUCACAUCACUUGGUAUUGGGUGCAGAAAAAAAACUUUGAGAUAGGACAGCACCACUCACUGACGUACAUUAGUCCAUAUUUGGCAGCAGUGCUUGCGGUGUCAGGCCCCGGCCCUAGGGACCC